AAUGUCCGUGAGUACAGUUCUCGCGAAGCAGCAUUCAUCGUUACAACUUUUACUCAUCCGAAUUUAACCUACUAGAUUUAAUUGUAUCGGUGACAUUACCGAGUGUCUGGUUUUACCAACAUAAAACAUUCCCGUGGCAGUUACGUUCACCUUCAUCUUGAUCUUGAGCUCAUUGAGAAAUGCCCGAACUCCCGUGUCCUUGCAGCGAAGGUAGGGCGCAGACCUCCAUUGAAGAACCGUCAAAACCACCAGGACCUUCUACCAGUGAAAUUUACCGGACUUGCAAUUUACCGAUGAGAUUCAUGUACCCCAGAGUAUUCCAAGGCUACCGCCAAGACGAAUGCACCCUUCCUCACCCCUGCUACAGGAGCACAUCGAUGGAUUAUGGGUGGUAUUCGCCAACGGUUCACAGUGUGCCAACCUCGUAUUUCCCAAGGAAUAACGGUUUCAGCAAUCACCUGGGUCGUGCAGGGAUGUAUCGUAACUGUUCCCUCAACACGGAAAUGGACAAGUCGUUCUUCUGA